CGUUUUUAUUUGAACCGGGAAUAUUCCACAAGGUACGACCUUCCAACAGGCUAUGGGCCCAGUUGCAAAUUCCUGGGAGCCAAGUAAAAUGAGUUCGUCGUUUUUUAAUAUUGAGAAAUUAGAUGAAUUUGAUUACGAUUCGUGGAGUCUACAGCUGCAAAGUGUUGUAGUGCAUCAAGAAUUAUGAGACUGCUUGUCCAGUUGAGGGUGCAGAUGAGAAAAGCGUGUUACUUUGGAAAGCAAAGGAUGGAAAAGCAAAGGCCACAAUUAUCCUUAUAGCAUUGACAGACGGCAGCGUUAAACCAGAUUAUUUGCAUUUUUCGGGAUUAAUUCAGGAGUUACCACAGCUAACUCCGUUGCUGAAUCCAAACAUAACUCUCAAAAUUUUAGGGAGUUUGUGAGAUUUUCGUUGGCAACAUUGUUAAUAAUUGACAGCUGUAUUCUAUUGUGAAUGAAAAAUAAGAACAGUGACAGCUGUUUUACGUUUAAAUGUAUUCAAAGUUAUUUUAAAAAGCGACGAUUGAAGAUUAAAAGUAAGUAAUUUUAUUAUUUUGCAUUGCCUUCUAAACGAAAAUUAUUAUCUUUGUUUUAAUUUCAGAUGGCUGGCAGAAAAAAACGGUCAGGGUGGACUUUUAAGGAUGAGUUGGAGCUGCUGGAAAAAUGGGAGGCACGUUCCCACGACCUCCGGCGUGCAAAGCGAAAUGCUCAUAUAUACAAUGAGAUUUCGCAGGAAAUGGCAUAAAUACACCGCCGAGGAAAUUCACUGCAAAGUGAAAAAUAUGACAAAGAAAUACAGAGAGGAGAAAACCAAAAUUGGCCCUUCUGGUGGUAGUCCCUCGCCUUGGAAGCAUUAUAAUGCUGUGAAUCGCAUAGUAGGGUGUACUGCCGUUAAUUCGGCUUUGUACAUAGAGACAUACUCGUAUUCCGAGAAUUCAACAUUAAACCAAUUGUUGCCGCCGUCCGACCCAUCAUUAUCACCUCCGUUGCCAUCGCCAUCAUGUCCGCUGCCACCUUCGUUGCCGUCACCAUCACCGUCAUGUCCGCUGCCACCUUCGUUCACCAUAUUUAAUGAAAUGAAUAUGGAUACAGAUGAAGAUAAAAUCUUUGAUAAUUUGACUACCGUAAUAUGCGAGAAUAUAUCCAAUAUGUCUGCAACGGCAUGGUCCUCGGAAGAUGUGUUUAAUUUAAAAGAAAUAAUGGAAAAACAUCUGUACAAGAAUUGUAUUCAAAAAAAGCACGUCUGUAUAGUAUAA